GGGGGAGACUGCAUCUUUGGCAACCUCAUACUUCCCGCCCUAAUAAUUCGCUGACCAAAACUUGGAAAAAAAAAUGUUGUGAUGCCUUCACGUAUUACAAGUAAAGUGAGUAAAUGUGUCUUUAUACAAGCAUUUCGCGCGUUUCAAUUUUGAUCUAAGAAAGCAAAUGAGUCAGACAUAUUUUUUUAAUACGAAAAUGAUGAAACCAUAUUUAAAUCAAGUCAUUUAGAGCAAAAGUAGAAAAUAACUAAACGAGUUAUAACAAUUUAUAUAUAAAAAAACUUUUUUCAGAAAGAUAUAUAUUAAUUUUACCUAUAAUUGUUAUUUGUAAAUAAUUUAUUUGGAAUCUAUUUAACGCUUUUAUUGAACGCCCAUUUUUAUCGGAUUUUAAAUUACUAUAAUGAUAAUGGGUUUGAAGGCAGCAGUAACCGUUGAGUCUAUUUAAAAGAAGGCAGCGUGAUCUUAGUGUGAAAGGCUCGUUUUGCUUCUUAAAAAAAUUAUUUCUUAAAAUGGCUGAAGACUCUUGGGCGUUAGCAGUGGACUUUCAAGAGGCGACAACGCCAUCAUUUCAGUUUCAGUUCUCCAACAAGAUCAACAGAAUACGAGGUCCAUUAAACGUGAAGGAAGACGUAAAUGGCAAUGAAAGGGGUGAAGGAGAUGGCGACAAAGUUGACCUGGCCGAACAGUCUUUGCUUAAUAAAUUGAUCCGCCACUCUCUGGUGAAGAACCGGAACCAAGUUGAGGUCCAGCAGGCGGAUCCCAACUCUCCCCUGUUCUCCGUGAAGACUUUCCAGGAGCUCAGACUGAAACCUGAAUUAUUACAAGGAGUCUUCCACAUGGGAUUCAACAGACCGUCCAGGAUCCAGGAGAAUGCUUUGCCUCUGAUGCUGGCGGAACCACAUCAGAACUUGAUUGCUCAGUCGCAGUCUGGCACUGGUAAGACUGCAGCUUUCGCUCUGGCCAUGCUGAGUCAUGUGAACCCUGACAAUACCUGGACUCAGUGUCUUUGUGUUGCGCCAACGUACGAGCUCGCGUUGCAGAUCGGCCAAGUGAUUGAACAAAUGGGCAAAUUCUGUCCAAAUGUGAAACUGGCCUACGCCAUUCGAGGGAACAGAAUGGAGCGACAUGUCAAGUUGCAAGAGCAGAUUGUUAUUGGAACCCCAGGCACCAUCCUUGACUGGUGCACCAAGUACAAGCUUAUUGACCCAAAGAAGAUCACAAUGUUUGUGUUGGACGAAGCUGAUGUGAUGAUCGCCAUGCAGGGUCAUCGGGACCAGAGCAUCCGGAUCCACAGGCUGCUCAACAAAGACUGUCAGAUGCUGCUGUUUUCUGCAACAUUUGAGGACUCUGUGAUGAAGUUUGCUGAGCGAGUGAUUCCCGAUCCUAAUAUAAUCCGACUGAGACGAGAAGAGGAGACGCUGGACACAAUCAAGCAGUUCUAUGUGCUCUGUAGAGAGAAGGAGGACAAAUUCACAGCGCUCUGUAACCUGUAUGGGUGUCUGACUAUUGCACAGGCAAUGAUCUUCUGCCACACUCGGAAGAUGGCUGGCUGGCUGGCCUCUAGCCUGAUAAAGGAGGGCCACCAGGUGGCGUUACUGAGCGGGGAAAUGGCAGUGGAACAGAGAGCCGCUGUCAUCGAACGCUUCAAAAACGGCAAAGAGAAAGUGCUUGUAACCACCAAUGUGUGUUCCAGAGGUAUUGAUGUGGAGCAGGUGUCCCUUGUGGUGAAUUUUGACCUCCCGGUGGAUUUGGAAGGGAACGCCGACAACGAGACCUAUCUGCACAGGAUCGGCCGCACAGGACGCUUUGGCAGAAGAGGCUUUGCUGUCAACAUGGUGGACAGCAAGAACAGCAUGGAAAUCAUUAAGCAAAUUGAAAUGCAUUUCAACAGGAAAAUUACAAAACUCGACACCAGCAACCUUGAGGAAAUGGAGAAGAUGACAAUUUAGUGUUCAGCUGCUUUCCAAUAGUUGAUAAUGUUUACAUUGUGUCACAUGGUUUGUUUUCUGCAAAACACUGUUUCUGGUACUUUUUCUUUUUUUUUUUUUUCCCAGGUUUUCUUUUGAGCUGCUUCAACACUGAGGUUGUACAGACGCCACAGGCUGCUAAAAGAUGUGUGUUUGCAGUGUUAUUGAGUUUAUUAAGUGAAAUAUCAGUGUUAUUUUUGUGACAUGUAUGUAGUGUAUAUAGUUUUUCAUGGCAUGUUUGCGGUUGUUUGAAAAACCUGUUCAUGUGUGUGGAGCCUGUAUUGCAUACAAGAAUCCAUUUUGUUUUUCUCUUUUUUGCUGUUGAAUAAAUUUGUCAGAGUGAGCACCAAUCAUCUGAA